AUGAAAGCCACACCCACUCUCACCGCUCUACUCUCGCUAUGCCCCUCUGCCCUAACCAAACCCAUAGACAAACGUCAAGAUUUCAGCCACAUCGACUAUCCUCCUGGCACAGGCGAAGACCUGCAUGAAUACCCUGGAGCAGGCGAGAAUCUUCCCUCAUACCCCGCUGGCACGGGCGAGAACCUAGACGUCUAUCCAGGCGCAGGAGAGAACCUCCCUUCUUACCCACCAGGCACCGGAGAGAAUGCAGCCCUCCCCGACUCCAUUUUCUAUUUCACAUCCACUUACCACAUCGUCGCCACACCCGACCAAGUAGUCAACGGCACUACCAACCCGACCUUCACGGGUGGUCUGGAAGGCGCCCAGGGCUUCUACGACUUCGGCAUCAACGUCAAUCUUGAUUUGAUCUGCUACUCCAUUAAACUCGUAGGGUUCAGAGGUGAAUAUCAGAGCCCUGCGAAGACAGCAACGCAUGUGCAUUCGGCGGCAAAGGGGAAGAAUGGGCCGCCGAGGUUAGCAUUCCCGAAUCCGGCCGGGGAUGGGGAUGUGAGGUACAGUUUUGGAUGUCUGCAAGGACCCUUCAGCACCGGACUGGUUAUGGAAGGGAAGGAUACUGGUGAGGGUUUCACGCUCUCGCAGAUCGAGGAGAAUCCUUCCGGCUUUAUGGCUGAUGUGCACUCGAGCUUGGCUGUCCCAGGUGCUGUCCGAGGACAAUUUCCGGGCUAG